AUGCCUUGUCACCCUAAAAAACCCGAAUUCCAAGUCCGAGACAUUCCCAGCCUUCGGGGCUACAUCGCAAUUGUCACCGGUGGAAACUCUGGUAUCGGAUAUGAAAUCACUUUGCAACUCGCCCUACGCGGUGCCAGAGUCUACAUCGCCAGUCGCUCAAGCGACCGCGUCAACAAGGCAAUCGCAGAAAUGAGACAGAACAGCCCAGACCUGGACCUCCACUUCCUCAAGCUAGACCUGCAAGAUCUCCAGAGUAUCAAGGUCACUGCGGCCGACUUCAUGAGCAGAGAGUAUCGCCUUGAUAUCCUCAUCAACAACGCCGGUAUCAUGGCUAGUCCUUUCAAGUUGACCAAGGAUGGCUUCGAACUUCAGUGGCAGACUUGCUUCCUCUCACAUCACGCCCUCACUAUGGAGUUGAUGCCUCUGCUUAUCUCAGCUGCACAAGAGAGUGGCCGAAUGGAUCGCUCGAGAAUCGUCAACGUCGCUAGUGAUAUGGCUCUUCGAAUGGGACCUGAGAGUAUCAACUACGACGACCCUAAUCUCACUGAUCUUACCGGAACAUUGGCACCAUGGAAAAGAUAUGGCCAUUGCAAGGAGGCUAAUAUCAUCGCAGCCCGAGCCAUCACAGAUCGAUAUCAAUCCCUCGGUGUGACGGCCUACUCCGUCCACCCAGGCAUCGUCAAGUCCGGCCUUCAGUCUCACAACCCCAGCAAAAUCUUCGGAGCCGUGAGCAAAAUCGCAAUGACGGUCGGCCCGACCUCCACUACCCUCGAGGCAGCCUUGAACUCGCUCUUCUGCGCCACAAGUGGCAGAGCGUUUGCGAACCCUGGAAGAUACUAUGUCCCGGUGACUAAGCUUGACGAUCGGGCAAACAAGUGGCUUGAUGACCCUCGGGCUGUCAACAAGCUGUGGGAUCUGGCUACUAAGCAGCUUAAGGAGCAUGGAUUCGUCGUUGGAAACUCGCCCCAGUAUUACAACUAG